GCAAGGGUGAUAGCAGGUUCCAUAUGCAUAUGUGUGACAUGAGACGUAACCUUACUACUCUGGAGGAUGCCCUACGUGACCAACAGAUCAGUAGAGAUAUGUACCAGUCGGCUGUUGAUAUAGUUGAGCGAGCCAUGAUGAUCCCUGCCAUAAGGUUGUACCACCUAUUCUCAAGAUACAUAGCAUUCAGGAGACUCACUCACUUCAGGGAUAUUGUGGAGACCCACUUAGAAGAUGCCAAGGAAGAAUCAUUGGAAGCUUCUGCCAUGAAGUGUUACCUUGCCAAGGUUGAGAACAACAUUGGGAAAUCGACGAAAGUUUGGCAGGAGCGGACGCAUAUGUUGGACCAGGAGAGAAGAGAACUGUUCUCCUCGAUGAGCACACUGUUUCAAGAGGUUUCUUACACAAACCAAAUUCUCAAGGAACAACAAACCCGGAAGGAACUGAAUCCACUUCUCACACGACACCAGUGGGAUCAAAACUCUUCCUCGAUCAACUCCCAACAGAAGUCCAAGAUGGGCAGCGUCCUCGCCAAAACGUUCUUUCCCAGGUUGGAGUCGAGAGAGACACUCGUUGGGCGGAGCCGGACUUCUCACCACCUGUCACCUCUUCUGUGGAGAUUCCCAAGCUCCUCGAGUACGACAUCAAUGGAUCUAUCAAAUUGGCUCAUAGAGAGGUUGAGAAGACCGCCAGGGCUGCCUAUCCACUGUCAUACUCGGAAUUCUACGAUUACAGUGCAUCAAGACUGUCGUCUAUGACAAAGAUACGGAAGCAGGAACACAUUGCUCAACUCCGUCCAUCUGUGGACAUCUUGAU